AUGUGCAACGCUGAGAUCGCUUCCUCUCUACCCACUCCAUAUUGCUCAAGUAUAAUGAGAACACUCAAUGCUGCUUAGCUUUGUAUACGCGAACAAAGUUUUUCAAAUUAGUGUUCAAGAAAGCCGGUGACGUUGGGCUUGAUUUGUACCUAGAUACGGACCACUCCCAGCUACUCCUACACAAAAAGUAGAUGGAUUUGGAGAAGCCAUGCAGAAAACGGUAAAGACUGUAUUCUUUCACACAUGCGAGGUCCCGGUGAUGAUAGCCCGAUCGAGGUGUUUUCUUGUGAUCAUAUUAUUAUUGACACAUUUGCCCAGGUAAUACAAGAGUUAGACAGAGGAGGGGCUGGUAAAAGAUCUCUAGGUGACCAGCGCUUGACUUCCUUGCCAUUACAGGUUGGUGAGUGUCUCAAAAAUAUGCUACGUGCGGUUCAAGCUCGUCCAGGCCCCAAGAAAGGAGAAAUCUGUGUUUCUUGGGCAGACAACGAAGCCGAGAAAUUAUUUAGGCUUCAUGAUGUGGAAUAAACUGCUGUGUCACUCUACACCUAGAAAGUACCUGCAGUCACAAACGGCCGGAUUUGAUAACGAGACGUAUGUCUAGUUUUACUUGAAGCUUCAAAUCUAACUUUACUAAUGAUAUUACACAAGAUUGAACAUGCCGAUAAUGAUUUUGAGAAAGACUCGGAAGAUGAAAUGGAAGCAUGGAAAGUCUGUCAAUGUUUACAAAAGAUUGUGAAUUGCACAACUGUGGACAACGAAGUCACAUUCAGUGAUCUCGUCCUAACACAAUCGUAUUUUCCCAUGAUCUCUCGAGCACACCCACCGGUCGCAUUUUUCGGCCUCCCUCCUCCAGCUCAAAAGCCGGCAGUACAACAGUCAAAAUUAGUUCUGAAGCUGCAUUCGACGAAACAAUCUGCGUUUAUCCCAGAAGCCAAGAAUGAAAAAAGCUGCACUGGUCUUGGCGAGUCUUCAAAUCACAUUGACGACGAACAUUUUUGGAUUCCAAACGACAAGCCAAAAAAAAAUUACCCCACCCCUGAAGACACUCUCGACUGCGGUGAUGAUACCCUAACAAUGACUUCAUUAACUGCCAGAUCUCUCCCAUAGCACCAUUCCCAGGCUUUGCCAAUAGAUCCGGAUGCACAGGUACCUCUAGCCAGCCUUUUGGAGGCCGAACAGGGUUUGAGAGGUGGAAAGAAGAGCUCGGAGUAGCUCGGGACCUUCAGAAGGUACAAUCUGAGCUCCAAUUUACCCAGAAGACUCUCAAGGUUCCUGAAAUGGAACACAGAGAUAUGAGUCAGCAGAAUGCGAAAUUGAAGUUGCAAAUGGCUGACGAUUCGGCCGAAUGAAUGAACUUAGAAAUAAAACAUUUCACUGAACACCCAAUUAGAGUUGGCCUCGACUAGGGAAUAAGAACUUACCGCAGAAAUCAUCACUAUCCAGUCUCAAACGAAAGAUGUUGAGUCACAAAUCGCCACCAUAAUUACAAAGCUCCAACAUUCCCCUCUUUCUGUGAAAUGCCAAAAAUCCAAGUACCUUCGUCUUCUCUGGAUUAUAAACGAUGAUUCUAAACUCAUAGGUCAAGUUUUUGCGCACAUAAACCAGCUCCUCGCGAGACAAUUCGCAAGCUUUGAUCAUUGCAUUCAUCCUGUCAUCAUGGCAAUAAUUAGUGCUCGUGAUGAAAUCAAGGCAGAUUGAAGACAGAAAUAUAGAUGAAAUACCAGUUUUGGCAAGACUCCCGAAAUGCAUUUGCUUUUUCCCAAUCCCUCACAUAUUUUGAAGAUAUACCUAAGCGUUGUUGACAUGGUUUGAGUGUGGUGUGGUCGUCAUUCUCAUGUGGGAGACCGAGAUCUUCCUCAUCAGAAUCCUCGUAAUC